GAACAAAAAAAAUACAUUGAGUUACACGUCUCGCUGGAUUGUCUCUGCCUGAGAUCACGGUAACAAAAAAAAGAAGAUCAAAAUGAUUGACAGACGGCUAGCUUCUACUUUUUUUCUAUUACGUAAACAGCCACUGAACCUUAAAAAUUGCAAAAUUAAAAUGUUAUCCACAAAGAUCUUAAGCAAUGUUAAUAAAAUACGCAAUUUUUCCAAUGCUAAACGAAGUUUUGUAGCUGGAAAAAUAUAUUUUAACAAGUCUCCAAGUAGCUCCAGUCCUAUUUCUGAACCUAGCAACGUACCUGGUUUAACAGAUGCCUGUUUAAAAGUCCCCGGCCAACCCGUAGGCCCAGGUGCAGCAAAAAAUACAGGUUAUAAAAAUCCAGAGUACUUCUGUUAUGAUACAUUUAGUUAUUUCGAAGCAGAAGUUGAAAUGCUUAAAUUUCGUUGUCCUCAACCUUCUACAGAUACUCCUUAUUUUCAAAACAAGUAGAUAUACGUGUAAUGAGCCAUGUUAUGAAAUAAAAUAAUUUAUUUAAUAAAACAUUCUUUCUAGUUCUCCAAACUAUAAUUAAUGCUAAUAAACC